GCGGGCGGCGACGGGGCGGUGGGGCGAGGCGAGCGCGGGCAGCUGCGGCGGAGGAGCCGCAGCCGCUGCGGGGCCGGACCGGGCCGGGCGCGCACCGGUGGCGGCGGCAGAAGCAGCAUCUCGCUUCGCGGACCCGGCGCAGGUUUCCCGCACACAGAGUGCAGACUGAGAGCAGCCCAGGAGACAGAGCAAGAAACCCAGACCAGAGAGAAUGAGAAGUGCCACCUCUCCAGUAGGCUUGGACUGAUCCAUAGCAGUCAUUGAUUGAGAAUUCACUAGGAGCCAGAGCUGAACUGCAUCACCCAGUCCCCAGAGCCAGCAAGACAUGGGCCCCAUUUUCCAAAUCCUGAUGCUUUUCAUUUAACCUGAAGACAUGGAGGGCAGGCAUUCUUAGCCCUUUCACAGAUAAGAAGACAGAGGCCCAGAGAGAAGUAACUUUCCAGCCAGAUGGUGGGAGAGCCAGGAUGCAACUCCAAGAUUCUGACCUUGCUUUCUGCUACCCCAUCCUGCUGGCCAAGGAAGAUGAGUAACUCCAGACCCAAACCGGGGAGGGAGCGGGAGCUACCACCCCUGACCAUGUAGAUGCCAGCUCCAGGAGCAGCAUGGGGCCCACUGAAUGGAGACUCCUGGGUCUACAACCCUGAGCCCCUCUGGUCCCUGGACCUUACCCCACACCUGGGGACACCCCUUGGAGCUCACCACUGCUGUCAGCAGCCCACCUCGGCCGCCCCCUCUCCCUGGGACCUAGAGUUGGCCACCAGGUGCCACAGCCGUCCAGUGAGGUUGUACUGAGGACAGCCAUACGGAGCCAUCGCCCAGCAGCCUCUCGUCCAGUGCUGACCCUCGGGCCCACCCUGAGCAGGGACAGUGGCAAACAUGGGUGACAUGACCAACAGCGACUUUUACUCCAAAAACCAAAGAAAUGAGUCGAGCCAUGGGGGCGAGUUCGGGUGCACAAUGGAGGAGCUCCGCUCCCUCAUGGAGCUGCGGGGCACCGAGGCUGUGGUCAAGAUCAAGGAGACUUAUGGGGACACUGAAGCCAUCUGCAGACACCUCAAAACCUCACCCGUCGAAGGUUUGCCAGGCACCGCACCAGACCUGGAAAAGAGAAAGCAGAUUUUUGGGCAAAACUUUAUACCUCCAAAGAAGCCAAAAACCUUCCUGCAGCUGGUGUGGGAAGCACUGCAAGACGUGACACUGAUCAUCCUGGAAAUCGCGGCCAUCAUCUCCCUGGGGCUCUCCUUCUACCACCCGCCUGGGGAGAGUAAUGAAGGAUGUGCGACAGCCCAGGGUGGGGCAGAGGAUGAAGGAGAGGCAGAGGCAGGCUGGAUCGAGGGGGCUGCCAUCCUCCUCUCGGUCAUCUGCGUGGUCCUGGUCACAGCCUUCAAUGACUGGAGCAAAGAGAAACAGUUCCGGGGCCUGCAGAGCCGCAUCGAACAGGAGCAGAAGUUUACCGUGGUCCGGGCUGGCCAGGUGGUCCAGAUCCCUGUGGCCGAGAUUGUGGUUGGGGACAUUGCCCAGGUCAAAUAUGGUGACCUCCUCCCUGCCGACGGCCUCUUCAUCCAGGGCAAUGACCUCAAGAUCGAUGAAAGCUCCCUGACGGGGGAGUCUGACCAAGUGCGCAAGUCCGUGGACAAGGACCCCAUGCUGCUGUCAGGGACCCACGUGAUGGAGGGCUCUGGACGUAUGGUGGUGACUGCCGUGGGUGUGAACUCUCAGACCGGCAUCAUCUUUACCCUGCUGGGGGCUGGCAGUGAAGAAGAAGAGAAGAAAGACAAGAAAGGUGUGAAGAAGGGCGAUGGCCUUCAGCUACCAGCGGCCGAUGGUGCAGCAGGUUCAAAUGCUGCCGAUAGCGCCAACACCAGCCUAGUCAAUGGUAAAAUGCAGGACGGCAAUGUGGACGCCAGUCAGAGCAAAGCCAAACAGCAGGAUGGGGCGGCCGCCAUGGAGAUGCAACCCCUCAAGAGUGCUGAGGGUGGCGACGCUGAUGACAAGAAGAAGGCCAACAUGCACAAGAAGGAGAAAUCUGUGCUACAGGGCAAGCUCACCAAGCUGGCUGUGCAGAUCGGCAAGGCAGGCCUAGUGAUGUCCGCCAUCACGGUGAUCAUCCUGGUGCUCUACUUCACCGUGGACACCUUUGUGGUCAACAAGAAGCCAUGGCUGCCCGAGUGCACGCCCGUCUACGUGCAGUACUUUGUCAAGUUCUUCAUCAUUGGCGUCACGGUGCUGGUAGUCGCUGUGCCCGAGGGACUCCCUCUGGCCGUCACCAUCUCGCUGGCCUACUCGGUGAAGAAAAUGAUGAAGGAUAACAACCUGGUACGCCACCUGGACGCCUGUGAGACCAUGGGCAACGCCACGGCCAUCUGUUCGGACAAGACAGGCACACUGACCACCAAUCGCAUGACGGUGGUGCAGGUGUACGUCGGUGAUGUCCACUACAAGGAGAUCCCCGACCCCAGCUCCAUCAACGCCAAGACCAUGGAGCUGCUGGUCAACGCCAUCGCCAUCAACAGCGCCUACACCACCAAGAUUCUGUCCCCAGAGAAGGAGGGCGCCCUGCCUCGGCAGGUGGGCAACAAGACAGAGUGUGGCCUGCUGGGCUUCGUGCUGGACCUGAAGCAGGACUAUGAGCCCGUACGCAGCCAGAUGCCAGAGGAGAAGCUGUACAAAGUGUACACCUUCAACUCUGUGCGCAAGUCCAUGAGCACAGUCAUCAAGAUGCCGGACGAGAGCUUCCGCAUGUAUAGCAAGGGAGCUUCUGAGAUUGUGCUCAAGAAGUGCUGCAAAAUCCUCACUGGGGCAGGUGAGCCCCGGGUCUUCCGGCCCCGUGACCGGGAUGAGAUGGUAAAGAAGGUGAUUGAGCCCAUGGCCUGCGAUGGUCUCCGUACCAUCUGUGUGGCCUACCGCGACUUCCCCAGCAGCCCUGAGCCCGACUGGGACAAUGAGAAUGACAUCCUCAAUGACCUCACCUGCAUCUGUGUGGUGGGCAUCGAGGACCCCGUGCGGCCCGAGGUCCCAGAAGCCAUCCGCAAGUGCCAGCGGGCAGGCAUCACAGUCCGCAUGGUCACCGGGGACAAUAUCAACACAGCCCGUGCCAUCGCCAUCAAGUGUGGCAUCAUCCAUCCUGGGGAGGAUUUCCUGUGCCUGGAGGGCAAGGAGUUCAACCGGAGGAUCCGCAAUGAGAAGGGAGAGAUUGAGCAGGAGCGAAUCGACAAGAUCUGGCCAAAGCUGCGGGUGCUGGCGCGCUCCUCCCCCACAGACAAGCACACCCUCGUCAAAGGCAUCAUCGACAGCACACACACUGAGCAGCGGCAGGUGGUGGCCGUGACGGGGGAUGGCACCAAUGACGGGCCUGCACUCAAGAAGGCGGACGUGGGCUUCGCCAUGGGCAUUGCAGGCACAGAUGUGGCCAAGGAGGCGUCAGACAUCAUCCUGACAGACGACAACUUCAGCAGCAUCGUCAAGGCAGUGAUGUGGGGCCGCAACGUCUAUGACAGCAUCUCCAAGUUCCUGCAGUUCCAGCUGACCGUCAACGUGGUGGCUGUGAUCGUGGCCUUCACAGGCGCCUGCAUCACACAGGACUCCCCCCUGAAGGCCGUGCAGAUGCUCUGGGUGAAUCUUAUCAUGGACACAUUUGCCUCAUUGGCACUGGCCACCGAGCCACCCACCGAGACCCUGCUUCUGAGGAAGCCGUAUGGCCGCAACAAGCCCCUCAUCUCUCGGACCAUGAUGAAGAACAUCCUGGGCCACGCCGUCUACCAGCUCACCCUCAUCUUCACCCUGCUCUUUGUUGGUGAGAAGAUGUUCCAGAUUGACAGCGGGAGGAACGCGCCCCUGCACUCACCACCCUCGGAGCACUACACCAUCAUCUUUAACACCUUCGUCAUGAUGCAGCUCUUCAACGAGAUCAAUGCCCGUAAGAUCCACGGCGAGCGCAAUGUCUUUGAUGGCAUCUUCCGGAAUCCUAUCUUCUGCACCAUUGUGCUGGGCACCUUCGCCAUCCAGAUAGUGAUCGUGCAGUUCGGCGGGAAGCCAUUCAGCUGCUCCCCGCUGCAGCUGGACCAGUGGAUGUGGUGCAUAUUCAUUGGGUUAGGAGAGCUCGUCUGGGGCCAGGUCAUCGCCACCAUCCCGACCAGCAGGCUCAAGUUCCUCAAAGAGGCGGGCAGGCUCACGCAGAAGGAGGAGAUCCCGGAGGAGGAGCUCAAUGAGGACGUGGAGGAGAUCGACCACGCCGAGAGGGAGCUGCGGCGCGGCCAGAUCCUGUGGUUCCGAGGCCUGAAUCGGAUCCAGACCCAGAUCCGCGUGGUGAAGGCGUUCCGUAGCUCUCUCUAUGAAGGUCUAGAAAAGCCUGAGUCUCGAACCUCCAUCCAUAAUUUCAUGGCUCAUCCUGAAUUCCGGAUCGAAGAUUCGCAGCCCCACAUCCCCCUCAUUGAUGACACAGACCUGGAGGAAGAUGCCGCCCUCAAGCAGAACUCGAGCCCGCCCUCCUCUCUCAACAAGAACAACAGCGCCAUUGACAGCGGGAUCAACCUGACGACCGACACAAGCAAAUCAGCUACCUCUUCAAGUCCAGGGAGCCCCAUCCACAGCCUGGAGACAUCGCUUUAGCUGAGGACCCGCUGCCACCCACCUCCCGGGCACCCACCCAUCCAGGCACCCACUCACCCAAGCAGCAACGAGCAACAGGAAACCAAACACUGGCGAGAAAACCAAUGUUUCCACCCAACAGACCCUUUUUCUGGCUGCGAUGCUGUUUGAACUCUUUUUCACUUUGAGGCAAGGGGCAGGAUCUCCUCCAGGGGCUCAGAGGAGGGAGCAAUUUUCCCAGAACAAGCCCUUCCCGGCUCCCGCCCAGACAGGACCCAGCCACGCACCCACCAGGCCGCGCAUCCCCUGCAUGAAUGUACCGUCCACUUCCAGUCCUCCCCUCCUUUGGUUUGGGGGCAUUGGGGAGGGGUUUUUUGUUUGUUUUCUUAGGCGUGAACUGCAAAUGGACUCUUUGAGACUCUAUCCAGUCCAUGGGUCUGUGAGUUUUGAAAUGCUUGUGCAGCAUGGUCUCAGUUGUAUAGUUUAAUUUAACAACUUUUUCAAACUGCAGAGCUUAACUCACCUAAUAGAUUUGCACCAAUGGAACCGAAGAACUUCAUAGACACUCACACGGUUAUAUCCAUUUCUUUGUAUCUAUAUUAACGUAUACUUCUCCACUAUUGUAUACGUCCAUAUAGAUAGG